GGGCAUGCGCACUACUUGUCCUUCCAGGACUUUUUUCCCGCCCUUCACUGGCCUCCGGAGUGGGGUGGAAGCGCACGCCCCUCUCUCGGGGUACCUGCCAGGGGAUGCGGGGACCAUACGACGAGAUGCAGAUGUCCUGAAGGUCCUGAAUCCUAAGAGGCAAAGGACGUCGCUGAGAGCUAGGAGGCGGGAAUAAGUUGUCCGGCAGGGGUCAGGGGUGAAAGGUCAUAGGGCUGCGAAGGGGCGGGGCGAGCCCCCGACAGAUGGCGGCUGCGGUGGUUCAUCCUCUUUGGCGGCGUCGGCGCUGAAGGGACGUGGGUCGGGAGCGUCCGGCGGUGGGCGUCAGCGGCUGCCACUCCCAACAUGCACAGCCUGGCCACGGCUCCGCCUGUGCCUACUGCACUGGCUCAAGUGGAUAGAGAAAAAAUCUAUCAGUGGAUCAAUGAGCUGUCCAGUCCUGAGACCAGGGAAAAUGCUUUGCUGGAGCUAAGUAAGAAGCGAGAAUCUGUUCCUGACCUUGCACCCAUGCUGUGGCAUUCGUUUGGUACUAUUGCAGCACUUUUACAGGAAAUCGUAAAUAUUUAUCCAUCUAUCAACCCACCCACCUUAACAGCACACCAAUCUAACAGAGUUUGCAAUGCUCUGGCAUUACUGCAAUGUGUGGCAUCACACCCAGAAACCAGGUCAGCAUUUCUUGCAGCACACAUUCCACUUUUUUUGUACCCCUUUUUGCACACUGUCAGCAAAACACGUCCCUUCGAAUACCUCCGGCUAACCAGUCUGGGAGUUAUUGGAGCUCUGGUGAAAACGGACGAGCAGGAAGUGAUCAAUUUUUUAUUGACAACGGAAAUUAUCCCUUUGUGUUUGCGCAUUAUGGAAUCUGGAAGUGAACUUUCUAAAACAGUUGCCACAUUCAUCCUUCAGAAGAUCCUCUUAGAUGACACCGGUUUAGCUUAUAUAUGUCAGACAUAUGAGCGUUUCUCCCAUGUUGCCAUGAUCUUGGGUAAGAUGGUCCUGCAGUUAUCAAAAGAACCUUCUGCCCGUCUGCUGAAGCACGUAGUAAGAUGUUACCUUCGACUCUCAGAUAACCCCAGGGCACGUGAAGCACUCAGGCAGUGCCUCCCUGACCAGCUGAAGGACACAACCUUCGCCCAGGUGCUAAAAGAUGACACCACCACCAAGCGCUGGCUUGCACAGCUGGUGAAGAACCUGCAAGAAGGCCAGGUCACCGACCCCCGGGGUAUCCCCCUGCCCCCUCAGUAAUUCUCUCCUGUCCCCUCCCUCUGCUCCCACAAGUUGGGAAGGGAGAGGGAACCUUCGAAGAAAACAGCUCAGGUUUUAUUGCCUCAAUGCGGACUGCGCUGGAGAAAGAAGGCGAGGUACUCCAGCUGAGGUGUAUGAGCUGCCGUCUCAGGCUGUCUGGCAACAUGGGCUUCCUCUGCUACUCCCAGAAAAAUGGGCUCCUGACGGCAGCCUGCCACCACAGCCCCAGGAGAGAGUCAGCACCAGCAAAUGCUGUAUUUACAGCAUGCCCAAGACCUCCCCACCUCUCCCCAGCCGCUGGCAGGGAGAGGAGACAUGGUGAUAGCAGCGGCACUCUAGGCAUGGUGAGCGCCUGGGACCAAGCCAUGUGGUGUGUGUGUGUUUUUCAUUUUGCCUUUCUGGAAGACUCAAGAUGUGUCUCUUCAUUCUCUCUCUCUCAGUAUUUGUUUACUUUGGUAUCUGUUAGUUCCUUUAAAUCUCAGAGAGAGGGGUGUGUUUAGUGGACACAAGCUGUGAUAUUCAGCAAACUUUGUCAGUUGGCAGUGUUUACAAUCUGUUAGCUGCAUAAGCUCAAUAAAACAUUGGUCUGGGCAUAACAUCCCUUCCAGCAGGCCACUAGCUUCACGAACUGUUGGGAAGAAUGGAGGCAGGAGAAAGGGAUAAUGCCAACGGACAGCAGGAGCCCAACUACCUAUUUCCCUUCCCUUCCCAGUCUUCUCCCCUCAGUUCUGGAUGCCACCAGGACCUUACCCUCAUUUUUGGCUUCAGCUGCUAACUUUUCCAAAUCUCAUUUUCCUCCAGUUAAACUUAAAACAGAUGUCUUAAUUCAUCAGGCUGACCUGGAAAGAAGCAGUGGUUCUCACCUAUUCAAGUCCUUAAAGAUCUUUUCUGGAAGACUUUUUUAAAGGGAGGUGCCUGGAAUUAAGAUGAUAGGCUACUUGAUCCCGUUUGUUUUAGUGUGAAUUUCUGCAGCUCCAUCUGUCUUCGUGAUGGUACCUGAAGCAGUAUUAGCCAAAUUGAGUUCAUUUUUCUCAGUUGAUUCAGUCUUUUCUUUCUUUUUUACACAUUCCCUUUUGAUCUCUGGAAAUUCAGGGUUGCCACUAAAAUUUUUUUCACUAUUCAUAUUGUGUUAGAGCACCCCCUUCCUUCUCUGGAGCCUUAGGUGACUCCACUCACAAUCCAGUGUAAACUGCCUUGCUUUGUCCCAAUCCUUCCUUCUACCAACACCUGCUCGCUCUCUCUCUCUCAUCCGCAUCUCUAUUGAAAGAUGGGAUUGUUAAUCCAACUCUAGAGAGAGACCAAGUAUAUUCUGUUCACAUCUCACACAAUCGAAGGUGUGUGAACAAGCGCAGCCCAGAAAGGGCGAGCCCAGAGAAGGCUGCGGAGGCAGUUUGCCAACACAAGGGCUCUUUCAGGCUGCCUUUCACGAGGGAGCCAGCCUCGUUAGUCGGCUUCUGUCUCUUAGAGCCAAGAAAGUAGUAAUUAAUAAGCCUCGGUGUAGGAAGAGUAGGAAGAGCACUUAUUCCCCUGCCUUCCAAACUGAAGAGGAGGACCAAACUAGUUCAGUGAUCUCAGGCCUGAAGAGAAGAGGUCUGGGGGGAACAGAGAAGAAGAAUGGACUGGAUAAACAUCUUGACUCCCUUCAGCCCAUAGGUUGUAUCUGGAGAAUCCAGCUAGGGUAACCCUAAUUUUUGCCAACCAUCUUCCUGCUGAGCCAAAGUGUUCUUGUCCCCCUCCACUGGGAAACAGCUGAGGCUCAGGCCCUUGCUCCCUGAGAAAUUAUUUCUUCAUCUUUCGGUGCAUUGGCCCUAUUACUGUGCCAAUAGUGUCUUAAUUCUUGUUCCAUCUAUUCUCAGCUGUCCUCAGACCCCAUAUAGGAGUUGCAGGGGGAGUGGAAAUGGGUAUUAUUCCUUGUAGUUGAUUCUGAUGUGUGUAUAAAGAAGCCCCUCCCCUCAUUCUGUGUUUUUCAUCCCUUGCAUUUCUUCAACAGGAUUGAAAUAAAACAUGUUUCUGUUUUUAUAAAAAUAUUUUUUCUUUAAACUGGACAUUUUAUUUUGUCAGUAUAGAGAUAUCUAGGCACUUUAGAUAGAUGAUCCUUGUCACCCCUGCCUACCCUCUGUCUACUUUAACAAACAUUGACCUGCCAAGAAAGUAAUGAUAGUUCCUUUGUGGAUAAGUCAUUUGGGAGAGGCUAGCUGAUGUAUAAAAGCUGUUUGGGAGAGAGAUGUUGUGCCCUUUAUCUGAUAAAGUAUCUCUUUACUGGGACAGAACCUUAUUCCUGGCUGCAGUGGCCAGAACUUAAUACUGGUAUGGGAGAGACUUCUAUAAGUAAAGAGGUAACACUUGAAAGAUUUUAUCAUCAACUCUAAUACCAAUUUUCUUCUGGGAUUCAGGACUUAGAACUCAUCUCCAGAGUUGUUUCCAUGCCUGGUCAUGUCUCAGUGGGAAUAGAGAGCCUCAGUGCAGAACUGCACUGGAG